AUGGCCGAAGCCUCAAUCGACUUCGCUCUCGGCGAAGAUCAGGUUCUGAUCCGUGACGAGGUGCGCCGGUUCGCCGAGGAGCGCAUCCUUCCCGGAGUAGCGGAGCGUGACCGCAACCACGAGUUCCCGGCCGAGAUCAUCCAAGAGCUCGGUGAACUUGGCUUCCUCGGCAUGCUGGUCGACGAGAAGUAUGGCGGCGCCGGCUUCGACAGCCUGACCUACCUGCUGGCGGUCGAAGAGCUGGCGCGGAUCUGUCCUGCCACCGCCGUCACCAUGACGGUCAGCAACUCGGUCUGCUGCUGGCCGAUCGCGCACUUUGGCACCGAAGAGCUCAAGCACCGGGUGCUGCCGGAGCUAGCCGGCGGCGAGGCUCUGGGUGGCUUCGGCCUGACCGAGCCUGGCGCCGGUUCGGAUGCCGGCAGCAUGCGAACGACGGCCAAACGCGAUGGUGACGACUGGCUUCUAGACGGCGAGAAAGCCUGGAUCACCAACGCCGGCAAGGCCAAAUACCUGGUGGUGCUGGCGAAGACCAAUCCGGAGGCAGGCAAGCGUGGCAUCACCGCGUUCGUGGUACCCACCGACACGCCAGGUUUCGAGGUCGGUACCGGCGAAGAGAAGGUCGGCCUGAAGGCCUCGGUCACCGCGCCGAUUUACUUCACCAAGUGCCGGGUCAGUGACGCCAACCGCUUGGGUGAAGAGGGCCAGGGCUUCAAGAUUGCCCUGGCGACCCUCGAUCACUCACGGUUAGGCAUCGGCGCGCAAUCGAUCGGCAUGCAUCAACGGGCGCUCGAGCUGGCCACGACCUACGCCAAAGACCGGCAGCAGUUCGGCCAGCCGAUCAGCCAGUUUCAGACUAUUCAAUUCAAGCUUGCCCAGAUGGCCACUGAGCUUGCGGCCUCCCGUGCCUUGACUUACCAUGCGGCGCUCGAAGAGCACUCGCCGGCCGCCGGCCGGUUGGCCUCGCAAGCCAAGGUCUACACCAGCGAGGCCGCCAACCGAGCAUGCUGGGAAGCGGUGCAGAUCCAUGGUGGCAAUGGCUUUUGCGAAGACUACGAGGUCGCGCGCUUGUUUCGCGACGUCCGGGUGACGACGAUCUACGAAGGCACCAGCGAGAUGCAGCGCUUGGUGAUCGCCCGGCACCUGCUGCGCUGA